ACGAGAGGAUUACUCGUCGAUGCAGGGGUACUUGUGCCGCUGGUGGCAUUGCUACACAGCGGUAACGACGCACCGAAGGAGGCUGCUUCUCGAGCUCUGUGUAAGCUAGCGGUUGACGACGCACUCAGGCAAUGGAUUGCUCUGUCCGGAGCCAUCCCCCCACUGGUGGCCUUGCUAAAGAAGGGCAACGACAUGCAGAAGGAGAUCGCGUCGGCAACACUCUCAAAUUUAUCCGUCAACGACAUCAAUAAGGAAAGGAUCGCUGUAACGGGAGGAAUUUUACCGCUAGCGGCGCUUCUCCGAGGCGGCAGCCCAGAGCAGCAGAAGAAUGCCGCCGAAGCGCUACAAAAUGUGGUGCUAGUCUCUGCGAAUAGGGAGAAGGUCUCGGAGGCUGGAGUUAUUCCACUGAUGACAGCUUUGGUGCAUGUCGGGACCGAAUGGCAGGAGGAGAAGGCGUCACGAGUAUUGUGGAAUUUGGUGACU